AUGGCCACAGGGCUGCUGGUUGUGUGUGUUGGCCGGGCCACAAAGCUGGUGGAGAGCCUGAUGGCCGCGAGCAAGCGGUACAGCGGUACGAUGAGGCUGGGUGAGGGCACCCCCAGCCUGGAUGCCGAGACCCCUGUGCACGAGACAAAGCCCUGGCAGCACGUCACAGAGGCCAGUCUGGAGGCGGCAGCCGAGGCUUUCCUGGGGGAGCAGGAGCAGAUACCGCCCAUGUACUCUGCCAUCUCCGUCGACGGGCAGCGGCUGUAUGACUCUGCUCGCAAGGGGCUGGAGGUGGAGAGAAAGUCCAGGCGCAUCACAGUGCACAGCCUGAGACUGCAGAGGUCUGCCGAAGACCCGCAGGGCGUGGACUUUGUCGUGAGCUGCAGCAAGGGAACCUACGUCAGGAGCCUGGCCGCCGAUCUGGCGGCACACAUGGGCACGGUGGCACACCUCACCGCCCUAAGGAGACUGAGCAGUGGGGAGCACGAUGUGGCAGCUGCUUGGCAGCUGCCCGACCUCAUCUCCCAGCUUGGCGACCUCAAGAAGGAGGAUGCAGCCCAGGCCUGA